UUUAUUGAUAAUAACUGAUAAUACUUAUUAAUCGUUUUAAUUGCUUUUUUCUUGUUUUUGUUUUAAUUUUACAAUUAUUUCUAACGUUUGAGUGUUGAUGUAAAGUCGCUUAUCGACACUCAAACUAGAGUUAUUGUGUUAUGAGGAAGAUUCUCAUUUUCAAUUAAAAUUGACUUUCGAUAUUCGCGAGGAAUAACUAGAGGGAAGAUAUUCUUUUUUAUUGAAUAUGGGAUAUAAGACAAUUGUUAAGAUAUGGCGAAAAAUAACAAAACCGGAAAAUAAUGGCUCGUCGAGUGAAAAGGAAUCAACAUCGUCUGAUGACAAUCGUCAGGAUCGUUUGCGAUCAUCAACUCCGUCUUUGCUCUCGGAUUUACAGCUUCGCAGUACCGAGAUUGGAGAAAUAGCAGAAAUGCCAGAUUAUGAAAAUUUAAAUACAUCGGCAGUUUUACAUUAUUGUAAGCAUAAAAUUUUGAGACCGUAUUUAAGAUUAUUGGGAGUUAUGGGCUUACGACCGACAAGCAGCGAUGAUUCAGAACAUAGUUCGUGUUACUGUAUUUUGGUCAAUUUUCACACAGUGCAGGUCACUAUUUUCAUGUGCAUCGGAUAUGUGUUGCAAUUUAUGGCUUGUUUCAGGAGAGAUCGUGGAUUCUGUUACAAAGUGAAGCCACCCAUUGAAAUAUAUCAAUCGGAAUUGAAUCCAUCGCGAGUAUCAAUGGAGAAUGAUUUUUGUUACGGAAAUGCGGCAUUUAAUUACGCUAUACCAAGUACUUUACACUUAUUUGGAUAUUUAUACACAGUUUAUUUAUUUCGAAUAAAGGAAAACGAGCAACUGCAAAAUUUAAUGGAACGGGCAUUUCUCCUGUCAUCGACGCCUGUGAAUCGGGGCAAUCAAAAGAGACUUGUCAGAAUUUUAUGGCUCUUUAUCGGACUCAGUGGAGUUUGGAUGCUCUUGGCACUGUCGACGGUCACUUUCAUGAUGGUCACACAAAAUAUUCGUUUUCAAUGGGUUGAAGACAGUCCACACAAAGUGAAAGAAUUAUUGAAAAUAAUUUUAGUAAUUUGUACCUUGUGGCACGAUAUGGUGCAGGGAACAAUAAUCACGAGUUAUUGCCUACAAGGACAACUUUUGAUAUCGCAUUUAACAUUUCUUCGGGCGAAAUUACUGCAACAUUCAAUACCGCCAAUCGAAUGGAUGAAGGAAAUCAGCGAAUUUAAAACGCUUCUAAAGUACUUUAAUGAUGAACUUGGUCCGGCAGUUUGCAUUUAUACUGUAAUUAAUAUAUCCUGGGCCUUAGCAGGAAUCGUCUGGUUAUUUAAAGUCGAUAGUAUUAAUUUUCACGACAGCCCUGCUACUUGUAUUGCUAUACUUAAUGUAAUUCUGUGGAUAUCAUUGUCAAUAGUUCCAUUCGUUCAGGCAGCUCGAUUAACAACAACAUGUUCAAUGAUACAAAAUAUUGGCCACGAGGUUCGCAUUCGUCCUUACGUCUAUCAAGGAACGUCUGGCCAGGAUUUAGACACAAUUCUAUUAUAUACUUCGUCGUUAAAAAUUUGUGCUCGUCUCUAUCGUGUUCCUAUAACAGGUAGAUAUCUGUGUAUGAUUUUAACUGCCGCUGGAGUUUCUAUACUUACACUUGGACAGUGUAAUGCAUUUUCAUAAUCAUUUAAUGAUUAUUAACAUUUUUGCGUUUUUCGUCAUUUUGUAUAUUAUUUCGUAAAUGUGUAAGUUUUUUUUCUAUGCAUUUAUUAUGCAUACUGUACAUAUAUAUUAAUUUAAUUAAGGUUUGCAAAGAAAUAUAUAAGUUAUUUCAA